AUGGAGAGAGCCAGGCCAGAGCCGCAGCCUCAGCCGCGCCAACUGCCACGGGCAACCCCGCCGCGCCCGCUCCGCCCUGCUCCUCCCCAGCUGCCGGUCGAGGGCGCCUCCUUUAGGGCUGAGGCCGCGGAGCUCCCGCCGUCGCCGCCCACCCCGUGCGCGGCCGCCAUUGCGACCGUGGCCUCGUCGUGCAGGGAGGCCCAGGCGUCGGGUGUACAACCCGCGGCACGGCGGCUGCUGCAGGUGAAGCCGGAGCAGGUGUUGCUGCUGCCGCCUGGGCCACCACUGGCUCAGGCCCGGGACGAAGGCGUCGUCGCUUCUCCCGCGCAAGCACGGCUGCUGCAGCUGAGGCCCGAGCUGCUGCUGCUGCCGCCGCCGCCGCCGCCCGCGUCCGACGGCGCCCCCUGCAGACCCGAGUUGCACCCAGUGCAGCCCCGGGCGCUGCACGUCAAGGCCGAGAAGCAGGAACAGGGGCGCGGCUUGGAUCCGUCGGCGGGGACGCGAAGGCCUGUGGAGGCGGGCCCUAGAGCCUCCAGGGCGGCCAAGGUGGAAGGCCCGGGGCCAGCUCUCGACUGGCGCCGAGGGGACGAGAAGGGCAAGUUGGAGGCGGAGGAGGUCAUAAGGGACGUGGCGAAAGGCGGGGAAGGCAAAAACCUGGCGACCAUCAGAGAAGGAGUCAUCAAAACGGAGGAGCCCGAGAGACUCCGCGAGGACUGCAGGCUGGGCACGGAGCCCGCGUCCAAUGGCCUGGUCCAUGGCAGCAAGGAAGUCAUCCUAGCCCAACCAUCCAGUGCCUUUGGGCCACACCAGCAAGACCUCAGGAUCCCUUUGACUCUCCACACGGUCCCCCCUGGGGCCCGGAUCCAAUUUCAGGGACCUCCACCUUCAGAGCUGAUACGGUUGACCAAGGUCCCCUUGACACCAGUGCCUAUUAAAAUGCAAUCUUUACUGGAGCCUUCUGUAAAAAUUGAAACCAAAGAUGUCCCGCUCACCGUGCUUCCCUCAGAUGCAGGAAUACCAGAUACUCCCUUCAGUAAGGACAGAAAUGGUCAUGUGAAGCGACCCAUGAAUGCAUUUAUGGUUUGGGCAAGGAUUCACCGGCCAGCACUAGCCAAAGCUAACCCAGCAGCCAACAAUGCAGAAAUCAGUGUCCAGCUCGGGUUAGAGUGGAACAAACUUAGUGAAGAACAAAAGAAACCCUAUUAUGAUGAAGCACAAAAGAUUAAAGAAAAGCACAGAGAGGAAUUUCCUGGUUGGGUUUAUCAACCUCGUCCAGGGAAGCGAAAACGCUUCCCUCUAAGUGUUUCCAAUGUAUUUUCUGGCACCACACAGAAUAUCAUCUCUACAAAUCCUACAACAAUAUAUCCUUAUCGCUCACCUACCUACUCUGUGGUAAUUCCCAGCCUACAGAACACCAUCACUCAUCCAGUUGGUGAUGCCCCACCUGCCAUCCAGCUGCCCACACCUGCAGUCCAGCGCCCAAGCCCCAUCUCACUUUUCCAGCCCAGCGUCUCCAGUACUACCCAGGUGGCCGUCCAGGCUCCAAGUCUGCCCCUCUGCCCGGCAGUCCCACCCCAGCACUUUGCUGGGCCCUCCCAAACAGACACGCAUCGGCUGCAUUCCGGAGCCAGUCGCCCUGUGAAGAGACCCACUCCGGUCUCUCUGGAGAACACCAACAGGAUCCCAACUAGUGCAAGUACUGCCCAUGCCAGAUUUGUGACCUCAACCAUCCAACCUCCCAGGGAGUAUCCCAGCGUUUCCACUUGUCCCAGAAGUGCUCCAAUCCCCCAGGCUCCUCCUAUUCCACACUCACAUGUCUACCAGGCUCCUCCCCUUGGCCAUCCAGCCACGUUGUUUGGGACACCACCACGAUUUUCUUUUCAUCACCCUUACUUCCUACCUGGACCUCACUACUUCCCAUCAAGCACGUGCCCUUAUAGUCGGCCUCCCUUUGGCUAUGGAAAUUUUCCAAGUUCAAUGCCAGAAUGCCUUGGUUAUUAUGAAGACAGGUACCAAAAACAUGAGGCUAUGUUUUCAGCUUUAAAUAGAGACUAUCCUUUUAGAGACUACCCAGAUGAACGUACGCACAGUGAAGAUUCUCGGAGUUGUGAGAGCAUGGAUGGGACCUCUUACUAUAACAGUCAUAGCCACAGUGGGGAAGAAUACUUAAACCCCAUGCCUCAGCUGGACAUUGGAGCCUUGGAGAACGUCUUCACAGCCCCAACAUCAACUCCCUCUAGCAUCCAGCAAGUCAAUGUCACUGACAGUGAUGAGGAGGAAGAAGAAAAAGUGCUCAGGAAUUUAUAA